CUAUUCUCUAUUCUAUUAUUCUCACACAGUUUGUCGAUCGAUCCAUCUCCGCCAUUUCCAUCUUUCACAGGCGCAGACAAACAGGGAGGAGCUAAGGUAUUCAGAUUUCCUCUUCAAUGGACCACGCUGAACUCACCACCGAACAGGUUCUGAAGAGGGACAUCCCAUGGGAGACAUACAUGACUACUAAGCUCAUCACUGGGACAUGCCUUCAGCUGCUAAGGCGCUACGACAACAGAUCGGAGAGUUACAGGGCUCAAUUGUUGGAUGACAAUGGUCCAGCCUAUGUUCGGGUUUUUGUUAGCAUCUUACGUGACAUCUUUAAGGAAGAAACUGUCGAAUACAUACUGGCAUUGAUUGAUGAAAUGCUUGCAGCAAACCCGAAAAGAGCUAGAUUAUUCCAUGAUAAGUCGCUUGCUGGUGAGGAUACUUAUGAGCCUUUCUUAAGGUUGCUCUGGAAAGGUAAUUGGUUCAUACAAGAGAAGAGUUGUAAGAUACUUGCUUCGAUAGUGAGUGCAAGGCCAAAAUCCCAGGAUGGCAAUAUUGCAAAUGGGGAAGCGUCAAAUUCAAAGAGAAAAAUUACUACUGUUGACGAUGUGUUGAAAGAAGGAUUGGUAGAAUGGCUUUGUGCACAGCUGAAGAAGCCUUCCCAUCCUAGUCGCGGCAUCCCAACUGCCAUCAAUUGCCUUGCAACUUUACUCAAGGAACCUGUGGUUAGAUCGUCUUUUGUUCAAGCAGAUGGAGUUAAGUUGCUUGUUCCCUUGAUUUCUCCAGCAUCCACCCAACAGUCUAUCCAGCUUCUUUAUGAAACCUGCCUCUGUGUGUGGCUCUUAUCCUACUAUGAACCUGCGAUAGAGUACUUGGCUACUUCUAGAACUGUUCCUCGACUCAUAGAAGUUGUCAAGAGUUCCACAAAGGAAAAGGUUGUUAGAGUUGUUGUCUUGACCCUUAGGAACUUGCUCUCCAAAGGGACCUUUGGUGCGCAAAUGGUAGACCUUGGACUGCCACAAAUUGUUCAGAGUUUGAAAGCACAAGCAUGGAGUGAUGAGGAUCUAUUGGAGGCCCUGAACCAACUAGAAGAUGGCCUGAAAGACAACAUCAAAAAAUUGCGCUCCUUUGACAAAUACAAGCAGGAAGUCCUCCUUGCCCAUCUUGACUGGUCUCCCAUGCACAAAGAUCCUGCAUUCUGGCGUGAGAAUGCUACCAAUUUUGAAGAGAAUGAUUUUCAGAUUCUGAGGGUGUUACUCACUAUUUUGGACACAUCGAGCGAUCCGAGAGCUCUGGCCGUUGCUUGCUUCGAUCUAUCGCAGUUCAUUCAGCACCAUCCUGCGGGCCGAGUCAUAGUGACGGACCUCAAGGCAAAGGAACGGGUGAUGAAACUGAUGAACCACGAGAACGCCGAGGUUACGAAAAAUGCGCUUCUUUGCAUCCAGAGGCUUUUCCUGGGUGCCAAGUAUGCCAGCUUUCUGCAGGCUUAAAAUUAAACUAAGAUUUUUCUUUGGUGAGGUCAUCGGAGGCGGCCGUAGAUUCUAAUGUCCAUCUCUCUAUCAUAAGAGAAGAAAAAGAGGAUUUAUUGUUAAUGGCCAAUUUCUGUAGAUUACUAGAGGGCAUAUAUAUACACAACUAUAUCUAAAUUUUAUUUGACACAUUAUAUAAUCCAGAUUCUAGGGGAAUGUUCCUCCUUUUGUUUUU